ACCAUUUUCAGAAGGAUCAAAAGCAAAAAGCGUAUAUGAUGUUGAAGAAAGUGAUGACGAGCAUGAAGAUUCUGAGGACGAUGAAUAUUCUGAAGAUGAAGACGAAAGCAAUAAAAAUAGUCAAAGCGAUAAAAAUAAAAUCAAUAAAAAAGAUUUUACGAAUGCAUUCAACAACAUACCUAAUAAUUGCAAAAUGCGCUUAAAGUCCGGGAAGAUAGUUGAGGACACUUUGUUUGAAUACGCCAAGAAUUUGGAACAUGAAGACGAUGAGAAUGUGAAAAAAUUAUUCACUAAACAGGAAUGGAAUGAAUUGACACAAGAAAACCCGGAAGCCUUUGAAAUUCCAGAUGAUAUAUUGGAACACUUAAAAUUUUAUAAUCAAGAUACAAUGGAAGGUGUUAGAAGCAAACUCAUGAAACCAUACCUAAAAAACGAUGAAAAUUAUGACACUAAUUCCCAUUAUGAUUACGAAUGGAUACAUUUAUCUAUUAGAAGUGUAAUCAAUUUAUGGGAGAAUAAGGACUCACCAUUAUCUCGUACACAAUACGAAAAUUGGUACUCGGUCAACCUAUUUGGAAGUUGUUUGGAUUUUUGUUUUAAAGAUUAUAAAUUAGGAACAGAUGUAAAAAGAACGGAUUCGCCAUCAACAGCUAGUGGUAAUCAAAAGAAUCGUGCGAAAGAGAAGGGUGCUAGAAAAAGGGUUGGACGCAAAAUAGAUGGUAUAAUUUACAACAUCGGGAAAAAUCUUGAAUUAGGUGUAUUUGAAUCGGCCAAUAUUUUCAAAGACGAACACGACAAUAAAUAUCUUAAAGAAUUGUGCAAUACUGUGCAUUAUUUGUCACCAAGGUUCACAAAACUUGGUCUUAACGAUUAUUUGAAGCUAUUGGCUAAAAUUUAUUCUUAUAAGCUUCUUAAACAGCAAAUAACAAAGAAUAAUCUUCAGAUUUUGGGUUUAUGUGAUCCAGUUGAGGAAAGUGAUUUAUUAGAAGAAUUAAAAAAUAUAGAUCGUGAAAAAACACCGCCACCUACAAUAGAAUACUUUACAGAUUGCUGGAUGACUCCAGUUAAACCGAAACCAUCUAAUCCAGUCCAGCCUAAAAAGGAUCAAAAAACAAACAAAACAAGUUUUCUUGAAAGAUUAAAAAGUGCAAAGAAAUAA